AUGGCCGCCUACGUGUUUACGUUUCUGAAAAACACGUGAUUGUUUUAUUUUCAAAUAAAAAAUGAGAUUGAAAGAAAUAGGGUGCUUAGAAGGACACAACGAUCGUGUUUGGUGCGUUUCUUGGAAUCUCGAAGGUAUUCUUUUAGCAAGUUGUAGUGGCGACAAAACAAUUCGAAUUUGGACGGAAGAAGAUGAUCGAUGGAUAAACAAAGUCAUCCUGACAGACAGCCAUGACAGAACCAUAAGAAGCAUAGCAUGGUCUCCCUGUGGUAACUACCUGGCGUCGACCAGUUUCGACGCCACCACGUGCAUAUGGGAUAAGAAGAAUGGAGAAUUCGAGUGUAUUGCCACGUUAGAAGGACACGAGAAUGAAGUGAAAAGUGUCGGUUGGUCUAUAUCUGGACAGUAUCUAGCCACGUGUAGCAGAGAUAAAUCCGUCUGGAUCUGGGAAGUGAACGAAGACAGUGAAUACGAGUGUGUAAGUGUACUUAGCGAUCAUACGCAAGAUGUGAAGAGAGUGAAAUGGCAUCCGCAUAAAGAUGUAAUUAUUAUUGUUCCUAUUUAUUUACCAGAAACAUCAACAUUUUUCUUUAAUGUACAGAAAAUGAGAUUGAAAGAAAUAGGGUGCUUAGAAGGACACAACGAUCGUGUUUGGUGCGUUUCUUGGAAUCUCGAAGGUACUCUUUUAGCAAGUUGUAGUGGCGACAAAACAAUUCGAAUUUGGACGGAAGAAGAUGAUCGAUGGAUAAACAAAGUCAUCCUGACAGACAGCCAUGACAGAACCAUAAGAAGCAUAGCAUGGUCUCCCUGUGGUAACUACCUGGCGUCGACCAGUUUCGACGCCACCACGUGCAUAUGGGAUAAGAAGAAUGGAGAAUUCGAGUGUAUUGCCACGUUAGAAGGACACGAGAAUGAAGUGAAAAGUGUCGGUUGGUCUAUAUCUGGACAGUAUCUAGCCACGUGUAGCAGAGAUAAAUCCGUCUGGAUCUGGGAAGUGAACGAAGACAGUGAAUACGAGUGUGUAAGUGUACUUAGCGAUCAUACGCAAGAUGUGAAGAGAGUGAAAUGGCAUCCGCAUAAAGAUAUAUUAGCAUCUGCCAGUUAUGAUAACACUAUUAAAAUGUUUAAGGAAGAUGGAAAUGAUUGGAGUUGCUUUUGCACAUUAAAUUCUCACACUUCGACAGUUUGGUCUUUUGAUUUUGAUUGCACAGGGACCAGAUUGGCUUCCUGCAGUGACGACAAGACCAUAAAAAUAUGGAAGGAAUAUUUAGUGGAUAAUCAGCAAGGAAUAGUUGUGACCGAUGAUCCAGUGUGGAAAUGCGUCGCAACGUUGUCUGGUUAUCAUUAUCGUCCCAUUUACGACAUAAGUUGGUGCGACCUAACUGGAAUUAUUGCAACUGCAUGCGGCGACGACUGCAUUCGUCUCUUUCAAGAAGAUGCCAUUCGGGAUCCCGAUUCUCCAACCUUCAGUCUCGUUGUGACUGUCAGAAAUGCCCAUUCUCAGGAUGUUAAUGGCAUUGCUUGGAACCCAAAAGUGCCUGGAUUGUUAGCUUCAGGGGGUGAUGAUUGUACUGUAAAACUGUGGAGAACACAGGAGGAAUAAAACAUUUCCCAUUAUUUAAUUGGAACUAUUUUUUCAAGUAAAUCAACUGGCACAUUAGAAUAAAUUACAAUUAGUUUUUUAAAUAGCAAAGUAAAAUUUAAAUGGAAAUGUUUAAUAUUUUUAUUGUUAUUUAAAUACUAAUUAAAUUUUUGUAUAAAAAUAUGCUGUAAAAUUGCUCGAUUAAUUAUAAUUGUCUCAGUUACAUAAUAAUUGUUAAUAUAAUUAUUAUUUUUUACUAUGGGAUGAGUGGAAAGUAACUAGACAUUGAGAUAUUGCUAUAAUUUUUGUAAUAAUAAUGCAAUCAUAAUAAAAUGUGUGUGUCCGUGUACAUCAAUAAAUGGAAUUUUAUAAUUUCCAUAUCGGUGGUAUGGACAAUGACUAAGAGGCUGCAUGUGCAGUGGCAAAAAAGACAGCCGACCACUAGUCUAUAUGGGAACAAGUGUAAAUUGAUGUGAGACUCCAUGCCUCCAUGCUGUAAGGUGUGGAAAUCAGUGAUUGUCAUGCAGAGAUGGUGACAUAUGAUGAAGGGAAGUUAUGGCACAAUCUGUCCAGAAAUAAUCAAGAAUUGUCAUCGAAAGCUAAUGAUUGCAAGUUUGGUUGCAGACGUACAGAGAACUGGCCAUUCAUCCACAUCAGGAUCUCUAGUUGUUUGAAAAAAUUGGCAGACAAUGCCAGUGCCUGCAUUGAAUUCUAAGGUAUUCAUCCAUAUUUCCACUUAAUAAGUUACGUGUCACGUAAUUUUUAUCAUAUUUGGAACAGAAAUAUAGAAAUUAUAGUGAUUUCUCAAUGCCUAGUUUCUUUUCACCCACUCUGUGUAUUGUCUUAUAAAUAUGAAAACUUAGAUGCAUUGUAGAAAUGUUUGUUAUUUAAUUCAAUUUAAAACUUUCUAAGAUCAUGCUGCUUAAGUUUUGUAAAUGUUGUGAUUUCAUAUCAACGAUACAAUAACAAUGUGGUCGAUAAAUCCGUUUUAUUUGAGUCUUCAUUACAUAACAGAUCAUCAUCGUCUCAGAUUUGCCGAAUAAUACUAUUCAGCUGGUAGUGUUAGAAUGCAGCAUAUCCUCACUGAGAGAGUUCAGAUUUGUGGCAAACUUGUCCAUAAGCAGAGAAGUGGUAAA